AUGGCUACACAAACUGUCAUCGCAACUGGCACAUCGUCGGGCUUAGGAUUCGAAGCUAUCAAACAGCUACUGGAAGAGAAGCAGCAGUCUUAUAACUUCAUACUUGGUGCCCGGGACACGGCAGGAACACAGGCCGCAUAUGAUGCCUUGAAGUUCGACACUGCAAAGCACUCUGUUGAUAUCUUGCCCCUCGAUCUCUCUGAUCUGCGUAGUGUCCAAUCAUUUGCGAAGCAAGCUCUGAGUCAGUUGGGCCAAAAAAAGCUUGACUCUCUGUUCCUUGUUGCUGGCACGCUGGACAGUGCUGAUGGGCCUGGUCCUCAUGGUUCGCAGUGGUGUGAAUCAUAUGUGGUGAACCACUUGGCUCAGCACUAUUUGAUUCAUCUCCUGGCUGACACCCUGGCUGCCUCGCAAUCGCGCCUUGCUAUUGUAUCUUCCGGUGCAAUCCGUGGUGUGAGAGGAAAUGAUCCCUCCACACUCGAUGUAGAUCUAAGAGCAGGCUCCGGUGCAAGCGCACGAGUGGUCUACAGUGCCUCAAAGUUCGCCCAGCUUCUAGGCGCCCACUACUGGCGUCGCCAGCUUCCAACUUGCACGGUUGUAGCUGUAUCACCUGGUCUGAUUCCCAACACUAAGCUUGCGCAACACCCAAGCUUAAGAUUGACCAUGGACAUGCCCGACGCCAAGAGCGUGCCAGAGGGUGCCCAAAAUAUUCUCCGCGCUCUCAAGACUCAGGAUCUGCCCAGUGAUCCUCAGCAGAUUUUUCUGACGAGCUGGGGUGAGUGGUGGCCGACGGAUGUUUAUGCCACCAGUCUUGAUCACGCUUUGCAGGAUAAAUGGUGCUUGAGCAAGGCGGAUAUUGAGAAUACCGAACCUGUCUUCAAGGAGUAA